AUGGAGAGACAUCUUCUGUCUGCUUUGUUACUUGUGUUGGUCCUGAGUGUCCCUGCAGUCUGUGGUGAAGAAUACACAGAGAACGUGUCCUGCCCUAACAACCAAACAGCCUUUAAUGGCUCAUGUUAUGAGUUUGUAAACCUGAAUCUGAGCUUCGUUAAUGCUCAGGCCCGGUGUGAGCGCGGCGGUGGACAUCUGGUUUUCAUCCGCAGCAAAGAAACACAACAGUUUCUCCAGAAACAUCUGAAUUGGACAGAACACAACUGGUGGAUCGGCUUAGUGUCCACGUCCUUCAACUCCAGCACCAAUGUUUCUACAGAUCUGUUGACGUGGCUGAAUGGAUCUACUGUAACUGGGAAUUGCUCUAACUGGGUGGAAGAUGCCGUGCCUGACACCAGCUGUGGCUACAUCUCUAAUAAAACUGAUUUUCGAUGUGGAGCGACCACUAACUGCACCCAGGAGUUCUACUUCAUCUGCGAGUUCGAGUGGGGACAGAGUUUAGACUGCAUGGACAACCAUUCAAUGCUGCAGUGUGACUCUGGUCAGGUCAUAGCGGUCAACGAGAGCUUCUAUGGCAGGAACACAGCGUAUUACUGCAUGGCUGCUAACUAUUCUCUGUCACAAACAUUUGACCAGGACAUGUGCAGCUGGGUGGACGUGACACGUGCAGUAUCAGUCACGUGCAACAUAGACCCAAAUUUUUGCUCUUAUAUGCUUUGCGGAUUCUACCUGAAAACCUCUAAUGGUGAUUUUGUGUAUAGUGGCAAUCAGAAGAUCAUGCCGAACCUGUUCCUUCCUCAGGGUGUAUAUGAGCUGAUAGUCAACAUUAAGAAUAAGGCUGGUCAGACGAUCAGGAAUACACUCCAAGUUCAAGUAACAGACAGCAAAAAUGUUAGUUCUGAUGCUGUACAGGAUCUUGUGUCACAAGCUGCAUCUCAGCAGAAAGAAGGGUCGCUUUCAACUGGCAUGUUGGCAAAGUUGUUUGGAAGCAUUUCCGAUAGCCUAAACGGCAAUUAUCCCGACAAUGCAACACAAAAGCUAGUGGAGAGCAUGGCUCAAACUUUGUGUGCUGUGGUGUCCCGGGAAUGUACAACCUUUAUUGACAGUGAUAUGACCGACAUUGCUUCCACUAUCCUAAGCCUUGUCUCACUCGAACAGCAGCAGACAAAAAAAUCUGAGAUGGAAGCAGCCUGUGUUAUUGACAAAAUUAGUAAGAAACUAUGUCUGUCCGAUGGGUAUGAAGUGGACAGCGCAGUUUUGCCUCUUGUUUCAUCCUCCAGUAUUCUCCUCAAACUUACUGCAGACUCAGACAAACAGAUCUCUGGAACAAUAAUAACGUUAUUAAACCAAAUACAGAGCGCCAUGCUCAUUAAUAAAACGAUAAACACAGAGCCAAAGUUAGUCACUACACCACUGAUUAAUCUAUAUGUUAACAGAGUGACACCAGAUAAUCUCCAUAAGUUGCUGAUCAGUACUGGGAACACUUCAGCUGCCUUUACACUUCCAGCUUCAGUUUCAGAUUUGAUUCCUUCAAAUGAGACGGUGAAUUUACGUAUGAUUAGCUUUGGGAUAAACCCUUAUGCUUGGAACAAAGACAAAGAUAUUAGUGGAAAAGUUGGGAGUCUCUCACUUACCAGGGAUGAUGGCUCUACUUUUCCAGUGGAAAAUCUCAGUGAGGAAAUUGAGAUUCUCUUACCACAAGAAGGUGAUGUGGCUACGAACAAAACAUUUCUGAACCUGACAAGUUACAGCACUAUGGGCAUCAACGUGACUGCGCCAAACAUCUCUCUGGUCCUGAAACUGGAGCCUUCAGAUAACACAUCUUUGAUGUUAAAUCUAGGCUUUCAAUACUAUCCUAAUGACACCACAUAUGUGGCCAAGACCCAGUUCCCUCAAUCAGGAGACUCACAAGUGGAUGGGUAUACGUGGGUGCUGAAUCCCAAGGAUGUAGAACUAAACGUGGGCGUGUACUAUCUGCUAGUGAGGCCUAUUGUACCACCGGGGGUGAAUUCCUCAAAUGCAUCAGUGUUUGUCACAUCAAUUGCUGCUACCUGCAAGUACUGGAGUGAGCAGAACAGCAGCUGGAGUACAUAUGGCUGUAGGGUUGGCCCUCAGACCACAUCACAGGUCACUCAGUGCCUGUGCACUCACCUGACUUCUUUUGGGAGCUCCUUCUUUGUCAUGCCCAACACGGUUGACGUGUCUCAAACUGCUCAGCUUUUUUCCACAUUUGCCAACAACCCUGUGGUUGUGUGUUUUGUUGGUGCCAUAUUCCUGACGUAUUUUAUAACGGUGAUAUGGGCACGCAGGAAAGACCUUCAGGACAAGAUAAAGGUGAGAAUCACAGUGCUGGAGGAUAAUGACCCAUUGGCUGAAUACCGUUACUUGGUAGCAGUCACCACAGGUCAUCGCUUUGGAGCUGCCACCACGUCUCACGUUACGCUGACGUUAACAGGCACCAUUUGGGAGAGUAAGCCUCAUCAUCUGACUGAUCCAGAAAAAACUGUCUUUACUAGGGGAGGGGUGGACAUAUUUAUACUCACCACUCCUUUUUCACUUGGAGACCUGCAGAGCAUCAGGUUGUGGCAUGACAACUCGGGCGAGCAUCCUGACUGGUAUGUCAAUAGGGUGAUGGUGCAGGAUCUGGAGACCGGACAGCUAUGGAAUUUCUUGUGUAACUCAUGGCUGGCCAUCGAUUUAGGGGAUUGCACUCUGGACAAGGUGUUCCCUAUAGCAUCUGAGACCGAGUUGAAAGGUUUCCACAAUAUCUUUUUCACCAAGACAGCAAAAGACUUGUGUGAUGGCCACAUCUGGUACUCUGUCUUAAAUCGACCUGCGAACAGUAGUUUCACUCGAGUGCAGCGCCUCUCUUGCUGUUUCUCCCUGCUUCUCUGCACCAUGUUAACCAGCAUCAUGUUCUGGGGGGUUCCCAAAAGCCCUGCUGAGCAAAACAUGAAUUUAGGCACAAUAAGCUUCAACAUACAGCAAGUGAUGAUCGGUGUCCAGAGUUCGAUUAUUAUGUUCCCUGUCAACCUCUUGAUUGUGACCAUAUUCAGAAGCACCCGGCCACGGAAAAAGAAAGACGUGGCAAUAAUUCAGGACUCCAAAUCUGGGUCCCCUAAGCAAGAGAAAAAACUUGCAGAGAAAUGGCGCAUUCAGACCGACAUCACUAUCGAGAUUGUUGUUAAAGAGUUAAAGAAAAUAGUUAGUGCCCUGGCUAAGGCAAUGAAGUGUCCUGUUCCGAAUGCAGCCCAGGAAUCUGAAACAACAGACAUCAGCACUUUAUUGUUUGUCCUGGAAGACAUCAUCCGCCAGCAGAAUUUCACUGUUAGCAAAGUUUACGGAGACGAUACGGAAAACGAUCCGCUCUUUGUAUACAAGCUAUAUCGGCACUAUCUCUACAAACAGCUCCGGAAUUUAGAAAAAGAGCUGAGGCUGUUGGGUCCGUCAAAAUUCCCGAAGCCAGAGAGCUAUAUUCAGGCUGUGCUUCAGGUCCAAGGUAUAAAACAACUGCUCGAGCCCUAUCUUUACUCCAACCCUAUGGGCAACCAGGCCGUUAUUGCUGACACUGAAGAAGAGAAAAAGAAAAAUUGUUUCCAGAAAGGCUUCCCCUGGUGGUUUGUGUUUGUGGGUUGGUUUCUCGUUGCGGCAACUAGCGGCGUGUCAGCAUACUUCACCAUGAUGUACGGGCUGACAUACGGAAAAGACCGAUCCAUCAGCUGGCUCAUUUCUAUCUCGGUCUCGUUCUUUGAGAGUUUGUUCGUCACCCAGCCUAUAAAAGUCCUAGGAUUUGCGAUCUUCUUUGCUCUAGUGGUGAAAAAUAUUGAAAGUAACGAUGAGAAUUAUUUUUCUGUGUUAAAGGACAUGACACUUACCUACUCAGAGGAUCCUGAUGAUAUCCGAAUUUCCAGAAGGGAUAGCACAUGCAGCUUCUACCAGCCUCCUCCAGCUAGUGACAUUGAGAAAAUGAAGAGAAACUAUUUAAAAAAUCAGAAAGCUAUUGCUUUAAUCAAAGAAAUCAUCAUUUACCUAGUGUUUCUGUGCGUACUACUCCUGGCUACGUACGGUCAGCGUGAUCCAAAUGCUUAUUAUCUCACUCAACACAUUCAGCAGAGUUUCAGCAAUGGUAUCACUGACAGCAUGAGCGCUGGUGACGUGUUCCGUUGGGCAAACGGCGUCCUCAUCGGCAAUCUCUACGGACAACGUCCAGGCUUCAUCACAGAUGGAAACUCAAAGCUUGUGGGAAGUGCGCGUCUUCGGCAGAUUCGAGUGAACAAGGACUCGUGCAGAAUUCCUAAAGCCAUGAAACAUCUUGUUCAUGAUUGUAAUGCACCAUACUCGUGGAAUAUCGAAGAUAUGGGCUCCUAUGGUCCAGGCUGGAAUAGUUCAAGGGAUGUAAAUAUGACUGAAACCCUCCUUGUGUCCUGGCAAUACCAAACCCAGUCUAAACUCAAGGGAAACCCUAUCUGGGGCACAAUGGCUUUCUACAGAGGUGGAGGUUUUGUACUGGACAUGGGUCUUGACCCAGAGCAAGCAAGCAGCAUGCUACAGUACCUGUUUAACAACACAUGGUUAGAUGUAUACACACGAGCGAUCUUCAUUGAGUUCACAGUAUACAACGCAAACGUCAACCUCUUCUGUAUUGUAACACUGAUGCUAGAAACCACUGCAGUGGGAGCGUUCCAAUACAGAAGCAACCUGCAAACGUUACGUCUUUAUGAGACCACGGAUGGAAUUAAUAUAGUGGCGUCUGAGGUCAUUUAUUUCCUUUUCAUUCUCUAUUAUAUGAUUUUGCAGAUCAAGAAGAUCAAGCAAGAGAAACUGCAGUACUUCAGGAGCAAGUAUAACCUUUUAGAGCUAGCAAUCAUUCUUUUAAGUUUGGCUGCAGUGGGUGCAAUUAUCAACAGAACCGUUCAGGGAAACCAAGAACUGAAGUAUUUUCAGGAGCACAAGGACCAAUUCCCAAGCUUCUACAGCACAGCCUCAGCAGACUCAUGUCUGGGGAACAUUUUGGCUUUCCUGAUUCUUAUGGCAACUGUCAAAAUGUGGCAUCUGAUGCGCCUCAACUCCAAACUCAACUUGAUCACCUGCACGCUGCGACGAGCCUGGAAUGACAUCUCCAGCUUCAUCGUGGUCCUAAUCAUCAUGGUUCUAGCCUACUCCAUUGUGAGCAAUUUGCUGUUUGGUUGGAUUCUGUACACAUACAAGACUCUUCAAGACUCUGCCUUAGCCAUUAUUGCCUUACAGCUUGGCAUAUUUGAUUACGAACAGGUCCUGAAUCUGAACCCAGUUCUUGGUUCAUUCCUAAUACUCUCUUGUGUCCUGUUCAUGACAUUCGUUGUGCUGAAUCUUUUCAUCUCGGUCGUCCUUGAGGCGUUCAGUCACGAGCAGAAGCACUACAAGCCAUCAGAAGAGGAGGAAAUAGUAGACCUGAUGAUCAUGAAGAUAUGCAGAGCCUUUGGAAUUCCAGUCAAGAAGAAAUGAUGAAGAAAACCAAAGUUUCCUUACACCUUGUUAUCUGCUUCAUAUAAAGCUGUUCUUUUUGUGUA